CCUUGGAUGUGGACCGCACAGUUCUUAACAAGAUGAAGAAAUCUGUGAAAGCAAUAAACAUCUCCGGGCUGGCUCACGUGGAGAAUGAAGAGCAGUACACCCAAGCGCUGGAGAAGUUCGGCGGCAACUGUGUGUGCAGAGACGACCCGGACUUGGGGAGCGCCUUCCUCAAGUUCUCUGUGUUUACCAAGGAGCUGACCGCGCUUUUCAAAAAUCUGAUUCAGAAUAUGAACAACAUCAUCUCCUUCCCUUUGGACAGUUUGCUGAAGGGAGACCUGAAAGGAGUCAAGGGGGAUUUAAAAAAACCUUUUGAUAAAGCUUGGAAAGAUUAUGAAACAAAAAUAACCAAAGUAGAGAAGGAGAAAAAGGAGCACGCCAAGCUGCACGGGAUGAUCCGCACGGAAGUCAGCGGGGCCGAGAUUGCCGAGGAGAUGGAGAAGGAGCGGCGCUUCUUCCAGCUGCAGAUGUGCGAGUACCUGCUGAAGGUCAAUGAAAUUAAGAUAAAAAAGGGAGUGGAUUUACUUCAGAAUCUGAUCAAGUAUUUUCAUGCCCAAUGCAAUUUUUUCCAGGAUGGGUUGAAAGCCGUUGAAAGCAUCAAACCGUCCAUAGAAACACUCUCAACAGAUCUUCAUACAAUCAAACAAGCCCAGGAUGAAGAAAGAAGGCAAUUGAUACAGCUUCGAGACAUUUUGAAAUCAGCGUUGCAAGUGGAACAGAAGGAGUCUAGGAGAGAUUCCCAGAUCCGCCAGGGGGCGGCCUAUAGCUUACACCAGCCCCAGGGGAACAAGGAGCAUGGGACGGAGCGGAGCGGCAGCCUCUACAAGAAGAGCGACGGGAUCCGGAAAGUGUGGCAGAAAAGGAAAUGUUCCGUUAAAAAUGGGUUUCUGACCAUAUCCCACGGGACUGCUAACCGCCCUCCUGCGAAGCUCAACCUUUUAACCUGUCAGGUGAAGACCAACCCCGAGGAGAAAAAGUGCUUCGACCUUAUUUCACAUGACAGAACAUACCACUUUCAAGCCGAAGAUGAGCAGGAAUGUCAAAUAUGGAUGUCCGUGCUGCAGAACAGCAAGGAGGAAGCUCUGAACAACGCCUUCAAGGGCGAUGACACCACGGGGGAGAAUAACAUCGUCCAGGAACUAACGAAGGAGAUCAUCUCUGAAGUCCAGAGGAUGACCGGCAACGCUGUGUGCUGCGACUGCGGGGCACCAGACCCUACCUGGCUCUCCACCAAUCUGGGCAUCCUGACCUGCAUCGAGUGUUCCGGAAUCCACCGGGAGCUGGGGGUCCACCACUCCAGGAUGCAGUCCCUGACGCUAGACGUGCUAGGAACCUCUGAGUUGCUGCUUGCCAAGAACAUUGGGAAUGCAGGCUUCAAUGAGAUCAUGGAGUGCUGCCUCCCCGCAGAGGACUCCAUCAAGCCCAGCCCAGGCAGCGACAUGAACGCAAGGAAAGACUACAUCACUGCCAAGUACAUUGAGCGGAGGUAUGCGCGGAAGAAGCACGCGGACAAUGCCGCCAAGCUGCACAGUCUGUGCGAGGCCGUCAAAGCCAGAGAUGUGUUCGGCCUGCUCCAAGCCUACGCCGAUGGCACCGACCUGACCGAGAGCAUCCCGCUGGCCAGCGGACAUGAACCGGAUGAAACAGCCCUGCACCUGGCAGUGCGAUCUGUGGACCGGACUUCGCUCCACAUUGUGGACUUUCUCGUUCAGAACAGUGGGAACCUGGACAAGCAGACAGGUAAAGGGAGCUCGGCCCUGCACUACUGCUGCCUGACCGACAACGUCGAGUGCCUCAAACUCCUCCUCCGGGGAAAGGCCUCCAUCGAAAUCGCUAACGAGUCCGGAGAGACGCCGCUGGACAUAGCCAGGCGCCUAAAGCAUGAACGCUGUGAGGAGCUGCUCACACAGGCCCUGUCGGGAAGGUUUAAUUCUCACGUCCACGUCGAGUACGAGUGGCGCUUGCUCCACGAAGACCUGGACGAGAGUGACGAUGACGUGGAUGAGAAGCUGCAGCCUAGCCCCAACCGGCGAGAAGACCGGCCGGUCAGCUUCUAUCAGCUGGGAUCGAACCAGCUGCAGUCCAAUGCCACCAGCCUCGCCAAGGACAAGCAGAGGGGUUUUGGGCCCAGCAUCUUGCAGAACGAGACUUACGGAGCCAUCCUGAGCGGCAGCCCACCCCCCAGCCAGCCUGCACCCCCCAGCACCACCAGCGCCCCCCCACUGCCUCCGCGGAACGUUGGCAAAGGUACUCAACCAUCUGGGCUCCCUGCAGACACAGUUCAGACAGCCUCCUCGGCUGGCACCGUGUGGAAGACAGACUCUGUCCGUGGGGACAGUGUCAGCCGGCAGCGAUCUUCGUCAGAUCCGCCAGCUGUCCACCCACCGCUGCCCCCUCUCCGCGUGACAUCUACCAAUCCCUCGGCUCCCACACCGCCCCCUCCUGUGGCCAAAGCCCCCAGUGUGAUGGACACCUUGAACCAGCAGAUGAAGCCCGGCCAGCCGGGGGUCCCACCAAGCAAAUCUACGCCCCCGCCCCUGCCGCCCCAGCCGCCCAGCCGCCUGCCGCAGAGGAGGCCCACUCUUGGGGCUGACAAAGUGACCCCACUCAUCAGCAAAGGCCAGCCAAGAGGACCUGAAGCUGUGGGUCUGCUGUCCAGCACCUUGGCCGUGCAGCCACCAGCACCCAUGCCCCGGAAGUCACAGAUAACAAAGGCAAAGCCCAAACGGGUCAAAGCCCUUUAUAACUGUGUGGCCGACAACCCCGAUGAGCUGACCUUCUCCGAGGGUGACAUGAUCAUUGUGGACGGCGAGGAAGACCAGGAGUGGUGGAUUGGCCAUAUUGACGGAGAUCCGAGUCGCAAAGGGGCAUUUCCUGUAUCGUUUGUGCACUUUAUCGCAGACUAAAUCGCUACUGAACAAUGGUUCCUUCAGCCGUUGCUGAUGUUCCUGUCACACUGGUGGUACCCCCCCUUGCCAGACCGGCCUCACGAACUGUAUUGUACCUUAGCGCACUGCGCUCUACUGCCACUCUUUUGCUCUCAACCGUCAAAGGCGAUUUUUAAUGUAGAAAUGAAUUGGUUUUAUAAUCUGGGGUUCUCAUGAGACAUUGCUAAACUCUUUUUAGGAAUAACUCGCUCUCCUGGAAGGUGAACUGGAUCAAGACCUUGACUCGACUUUAGUAGCUAACCCUAACCACGUGUAAGGUGAAGGGCAGUGAAAACCCAUCCCUCCUGCUCCCUUUCCCUUGUUUCUGAAGUCGGUGGCCCUGAGGGCAGCCGUUAGUGUAGGAAGCCAGUCACCCAGCCUCGGCCAGCCUUCCAAGGGAGAAUGCCAGCAGUUCACCUGGAAGGUCCCGUCUUCCUUUGAAGCCUCCCAGUGUUUGCUUACAGCCACCGUGGACACGUCCACAUUCAUGCUGUACUUUGCAGCUCUCUCCGUGGGCUUGCAGCCUUCAUCAUAUUCUGCAUGUGUAGAGCCUGGUGUUAUGUGCAACUAAACUGUCGCAAACUGCCGGUGGUUUCCUCACACGCAGGAGUAGCAGUCCGCUCAGUGCCAGCAGGACGUCGGGACAGAAACACAUGUUCUGCAUUUGGUUGCAGAUGAAGGAUGAGAUUGGAAACACAGCUCUUUAGACUAGUUAUGUGCUUCAGCUAUCUUGGACUUGGCUCUUGAACGUCUGGUGGCACUGAAAGCAGCUGCAGAGUGCAGUGGUGCGGCCCUGCUUGUGAGCGCAUCCGCAUCACUGUUGCCUGUUGCUUGCACCCCAGCCUCCCUCCUAGCACACGAGAAUGUGUACUCAGCCUAGUGUCUUGUACGAAUCUAGCAACGGGAAUGGUCGUCACACUGUCUUGAAACUUAACCUCCAUUUGUUCAAGAGCAUCAAAAAUCUGUGUAGGCUCCCAGUAAUACCGUUGAUAUUCUUAAAUAUCCCAAUUUUAGUUAGAAGUCCAUACUAUCAUACUUAAGCUACUGGGGGAAAUUAGGUUGUAUAUGAUUAAAUUAAAAAAUCAGCUUGACUGUCAUACCUCUCUCACAGUCGUUGUGAGCCUGAGAUUCAGCAGGAAUUCUGGGAAUCUUGACACUUUGGGGAAAAGGACGCGUGAUGCCACUUGGGUUUGGACCAGAAAUCAAGGAAGCCGUUUAGGAUCAGCUGGGAAAGCGAGGCAGCCGUGGUGUGACUGCCUUUGUUAGGAUGGUGCCUUUGACCGAAGCAGCCUGUCUUCUCCACGCUAGACUCCGAUAGGGGGAGACUUUUUCGUUUUUUAAAUUGUAUUGAGUAUUUUGUUGCUGUUAUGAGACACAAACUGGAAUGCUUCAUGUGUAUGGCAUUUGUGCCCUUUGCCUUUCAGAGUUCCGGGUAAAAUGUGUUAGAUUUGCAAUUAAGUUUUGUUUUGUUUUAAAGCACUACAUGUUUUCACUAAUCGUUAAUUUCCAUAGUUUUGAUCCUUUCGUUUCACUCAGAUUUAACGGUCACCAUGCAUUUUGCACAGUGCACUUCAUGUGCAUCAUCAGUCCUCCAGCAGCGUAUCUGCUGAUCAGCUUUUGGCCACCAAAAGGAAUUCAAUUGGUUUAUGUCAACAUUGGAAUUAGAGUCCCACGCUAAUCUAUCAGGGUCACUGGUACAUGAAUAUCUAGGAAGUAUUUUUUCAAUCCAUAAUUUGGUGGUGCUAUUGUGCAGUAAUUAAUAUUAUUCUUGCCAGAAGAGAAAUUAUGUAUUAACUUCCCUGCUAAUAUCCUUUCCUAGGUAUUUGCUGUUUGCAGAUUAAAAACAACAGAAAAACAUUGUAGAUAUCUAUUUAUAUUUAAAGUUUACGUUUCAUGGACUUGAGCUGCAGGAUUCUGGCAUUUUGCAUGCCAUUUCCAUCAGAUCUGAUGUCAAAGGGACAGGGGCUCAGCAGUGCACUGCAGACCCACAGGCCCUCUGUUACUGUCGCGGGUAGAUGGCGCAGCUGCAGCAUGGAAUGCUAUUUGAGAUGUAUGAUACUCAGUCCAUUCACUUGAUUAUUUUGGUCUAGUUGCAACGCAACUGUAUAUAUUGUACAACCUAAAUCAAUUUCUUAUUUUCAUUAUCCUUAAUGCAGUGAUUUAUAAUUAGAGCAUGUUUAAUACGCUUACUCUCCUUGUUAACUAGUCAUUUGACUAGAAAAAAAUAAACACCUUUAAAUGGG